UUUGUCAAAGGAGAAAAAAAAAUGUUUUCCUGACACUCCUACAUGUGACUUAGCCCCCGUGGCCUGUAGCAGAAAAAAAAAAAAGAAAAAGAUUAGUUGUGAUUUAAUAAGGCUGUAACUUCAGUAGUAGUGUUGGUAAAUUAAUAGUUAUCCAGUGAUUUAACCCGGACGUGUGUUUUUGAGUGUUUUGGGGGGUUUCGGGGCAGCAGGUGGACAUUUGCUCAAGCGUUGAAAGCGUUGUAGUACUGCUUAUACAUUUCCUAUCCAUCUGGCCUGCCUCAUUGUGUUUGAGCCUAUUUUUUUUUUUUUUUUAUUGUUCCACAGCGUUUUAUACACAAGUCUCUUUCACCACUCGCUCCUCGCUUAGGCCAUUACGCACCAAGUCCGGUGUCUGGAAAGUCGGCUAAAAUGCGUUUAACGCGCAUCACGCUUCAUAAAUCACGUUGUGUGUGUCCACUGUACUGGAGAAUAGCUUCGGUUAACUGUUUCCUUCCUCUUUGAAACAAUGAUCAAAUAUAAACACCAUUAAGCCGUAGUGCAGGGGGUGUUUUGCAUAGAAUUGGUUUACUCGAACUUUAUUGCCCCUCUGAGUGCCCCAUUAAGAUAUCGUGGAAAGUGCCAUAAUUGCUUUUGAAGAUCUCAGUGUAAAUAGUCUAUUGAUGCUCACUAUCAAGGUAAAAGCAUGAUCUUCUUAUACAGUAGGUUCGUUCUUAUAGCGGGGGGGGGGGGCUCGACAUGUUGCGUGACGGCGCAGGUGAGCAGAGAGUUUGUGGAGACACGCUCCGUGAGCGCGGCGGUUAAUUGAGUUCAGUCGCUCACUCCAGCCUAAUUGGUUUACCACGAGAGCUGUUGUUUAAUGGGGCGAGCGCGCGGCCGCUGCAGACUAAUGGCCAGCAAACAUGGCGAGAGUGCUGCGAGCCCCGGCAGCUUUGUGUUUGUUGUCGCCAAGUGCUGGGAAUGUGGGCCCUCGCGCGCAAAAUGGUGUUAAAUGAUGCAUUUACAAAAGUAUAAUGGGUACAUUUUAAACGUCAGAAAAGAGCGGCCGAAUGAGGAAAAAAAGCAGGCCGUGGAAAUACGCCUGUGCUGUUUGAGCUUUUCACCUGAGUUUCCAAGACAACUCUGUCUCCAUCCAGGUCUCUUAUCUCGCAGGUCAACCAAUGUUUGCGCCCAUACAUAUCGAUUUAUCAACCGCAGUUUGCAGACAAGAGAUAUAUCCGUAUAAAUUGUCGAUGGCUGCAUUGUUUGAGGACAAUCCAAUAUGUCCUACAUGAGAAACGUGUUCCUUCCAUGCGCUCUAGACUAACCUCGUUACUCCUUUCUGUGUGUGCGUGGAAGCAGGCUCCCAUAGAGUCACCUGCCCACUUGUCUGUUGUUGACGUGGGGGGGGAGACACAGGUAGAUGCCAGGUAAACGUUGCGGUAUUUGCAGAGUGGCACUGAUUUACGCGCUGACGGCUCAAUUUACUGAAAAAAUCCCACUAGCUGUUGUUGAAUAUCCUGGAAACUGGGAGGCUAUAGGUCUGCUGUUUUGAGCAAACAGUGAAACCAAUGGUCAGGGCGCUGUGGAGUCACAUGAUGACAGAGUGACACACCUGUGUGGAGCUGCACGGGCCUCGCAGUUGCGCCAGAGGCAGGUAGAGCUGAAGGUCUACGCCGAGGCAGGGCGCAGGUACAUGUGCGCGCAAACGGCCCCACAGCCUCGGGUCCUCGCCAGCCAUGAAUCGGGAAGAUCAUUAUUACCCCACUCAGGUUUUUAAAGACUCCUGCGCCUACCAGAGACCCCAGGGUGAUGACUACAGCCACAGCCCACCGCCAUGCCUCUACAUGAGCAGACAGGUCCACUCCGUCUACACACCGCCGGCCAUGGGAUCCUUGGAGCAGGCCAGCCUUCCCGACAUCGCCCCUACUUACAGUCUGCACAGCAUGCGGGAGGAUCCAUGCGUGCCUCAGCUCCACCAUCCGCAGGGCCUCCAGCAGCAGCCCCUCCAGCCUCCGGGUUAUGGUGACGCCGGGGAUCAGAGCAGAUACCACCUCCCUUUCCCCUGGAUGAAAACCACUAAAUCCCACUCACACACCUGGAAGGGACAGUGGGCAGGGCCGUACGUGAUGGCGGAAACGGAGGAGAACAAACGCACGAGGACGGCGUACACGCGCGCCCAGCUGCUGGAGCUCGAGAAGGAGUUCCUGUUCAACCGCUACAUCUCGAGGCCGCGGCGCGUGGAGCUGGCGCUGACCCUGAGCCUGACGGAGCGACACAUCAAGAUCUGGUUUCAGAACCGGCGCAUGAAGUGGAAGAAGGAGGAGGACCGGAGAAGGGCGAGGGGCGCCGACCCGGACCAGGACUCCUCCAUCACCUCUGGAGAACAGGGGGAGGCCGCGGGAGGGGUGUCCUCCACAAACGGACCUCUCAGCACCACCCCCCCUGUCUCCCCGCUACACGGUCACACUCUCUCGGCCUCUGGGUCCAGAGAGACCGCAUAGACCCCUUAUUAGUAUUAAGUAAUAUUUCAAGGACCAUUUCACUCUUUAUGGACUCAAAUCUAUGAUUUAAAGCAGACAGGGUGAUAAUGGACUCUCCCUACAACUCCAAUUUCAGAAUUACAGCGUGAGAUGCCAUUUUUAACUAUAAAAUGCUCAUUUUUCCACGGACCCCUUUGAGUUUCCACACCUUAAGUCCCAUUUUUGGAUCUCACAGUGCGACAUUUCUGGACUGAAGGGACAUUUCUUCAUUCGUGCUUUGAGGUAUGUUGGACACCAGAUGGCACACAGAGACAACCAUCUCCAUUCUCCUCUUUGAGAACUUUACACGAGAGUUGCAUGGUGUCAAAGUUUUACAUUUUAUUGUUAUCACUUCAGAAAGAAAUGAGGCCUGGCAAAUAGGCGACAACUAUGUUUAUAAAUGUGCGUAAUAUGUCAAGAAAGUGUGUUUUCCGUGUAUCAGUGUCCACGUGUUCCCUCCUGAGACUCGAGCUUUUGUUUGGUAUGCAUUUUCAAUUUCUCCAAGAUAGUUGGGAUAAGUACGACCUAAGACGUACAAAAAAAUAAGCAUAGUCUUUGAACCGGAAGUAGUUAUUGAAAAAAUAUAUUCCCUCAUAUGUGGACUCGUGGGAUUAUUUCACUGUGUAUAACAAUAAAGUCACCAAUGUGUACCAAAAUAUAAAACUGCAUAUCUUAAUGCAAAAGCAGAAUUGUAAUUUGUAAAUUGUAGUUUAUUAUUAAGAACAAAGUUUGAUGA